UGGAGUGGGAUGGAGAGGCUGAGGUUCCCCCUAGCUGGCGAAAGAAUUAUAUGAAAGGGAAAAGGCCGCCGUUGCAGCCUAGGGGGCACUUCAGAGCAGGCGACGGAACCGGCAAAAAUUGCACAAGGUCUGGCCGGGGGAAAGACAAAGAGAAGGCAGAAAGGGCAGAGGUGGCAGGGAAGCCGAUGGAUUAAACCAGGGCGAAGAGACGCUCUCCUUACAGCCAGCCCCUAGCAGGAUCUGGGGGAAGCCCGAAGUCGAUCCGAAGAAGGGGACAAAGAAACGGGGAGCACUCAUGAGGAAACGGGAGGAAGAAGGUGGGAUGUGCGGCGAGCUGGAGGCGCAGAUCCCCUCGUAUACUUGGGAAGAGAUCCAGAAGCACAACCUGCGCACGGACAAGUGGUUGGUGAUCGAGCGGAGAGUGUACAAUAUCACGCAAUGGGCCAAACGUCACCCGGGGGGACUGCGCGUGAUUAGCCACUACGCCGGCGAAGAUGCCACGGAUGCAUUUAAAGCCUUUCAUCCUGACGCUAUGUUUGUGAGGAAGUUUCUUAAGCCAUUAUUGAUUGGAGAACUUGCUCCAGGAGAACCCAGUCAAGACAGAGGCAAGAACUCCCAACUGGUGGAAGACUUCCGUGCCCUGAGGAAGACAGCAGAGGACAUGAGCUUAUUCCAAGCCAGUCCUGUAUUUUUUUCCCUUUACUUGGGUCAUAUCCUUGUGAUGGAGGCUCUGGCUUGGUUAAUGGUUUCAUACUAUGGUACUAGUUGGAGUACAACCUUCCUCCUUGCCAUCAUCCUUACGAUUUCUCAGGCCCAGGCUGGAUGGUUACAGCAUGACUUUGGACACCUCUCUGUGUUUAAGAAGUCUGUAUGGAACCACAUAGUCCAUAAGUUUGUAAUUGGUCACUUGAAGGGUGCCUCGGCGAAUUGGUGGAACCACCGUCAUUUCCAGCAUCACGCUAAGCCAAACAUCUUCGAGAAAGACCCGGAUGUGAACAUGCUGCACCUUUUUGUCCUGGGAGAUACACAGCCUGUUGAGUAUGGAAAGAAGAAGUUGAAAUACUUCCCUUAUAACCAUCAGCAUGAAUACUUCUUUUUGGUUUUCCCACCUCUCCUCAUUCCAGUUUACUUCCAAAUGCAAAUCUUCAUGACCAUGUACAGACACAAAUUCUGGGCGGACCUGGGCUGGGCCUUCAGUUAUUACCUACGCUACUUCAUCACAUAUAUCCCAUUCUAUGGAGUUCUGGGAUCCUUGUGUCUCCUCACCUUUGUAAGGUUUAUGGAAAGUCACUGGUUUGUUUGGGUCACACAGAUGAAUCACAUCCCAAUGGAAAUUGACAAUGAGAAGCACAGAGACUGGCUCAGUUCUCAGUUGGCAGCCACCUGCAAUAUUGAACAAUCCCUUUUCAAUGACUGGUUCAGUGGACAUCUGAACUUCCAAAUAGAGCACCACUUGUUCCCCACAAUGCCGCGCCACAACUACUACAAGAUAGCACCUUGGGUGAAGUCAUUGUGUGCCAAGUAUGGCGUUCCUUAUGAAGAAAAACCUCUUCUGAAAGCAUUCUCAGAUAUUGUUGGGUCCCUAAGGAAAUCUGGAGCACUCUGGUUGGAUGCCUACCUCCAUAAAUGAAGCUGGAUUUCAACGUGGGAGAAGGUGUUAGCAAAGGGGAGGGCUGGGACGGGGGUGUUGACAUGUGUGUUCUUAUUGUUCAAUUUCAGUGUGUAUCUGUGCGUACACAGCUUGAACGGAAUUUCCUGUAUUAUAACACUGAUGUUGGGGUGGGUUCAGGGGACCGAUUUAAAAGAGAGGGUUUCAGAUGUGUCAGGUAAUGUCUAUAGAAGAUGGAUGGAAAACACUGAUCUUAACACAUGAUGGUUGAGAAUUGGCCCAAUAGCUGGGGGGGGGGAUAUUUUGAGGAGGAAAGAUAGAGGAGGGAAGAAGCAAGUAGGGUGAGAUACUCUCCUGUUCCUCUUCUUGAGACUUACUACUACUAUAGUUCUAGUCUCUCAGGUACUUGGUUCAUCUGCGCAGAUUUUUUUUAAAGCAGUUCAGCUUCUGCAGAUGUUUGAAUUGCAAAACAGCAACAACAAGGAGUAUGGCUGGCUCCUUUUAAUGAAAUAGCCUUAAAUCAGCUGAGGCCCCAUUCCCUUUAAUGAUGCUGGAACAAGAGGAAAGAAAAAAUUAAUUAAUAAUGAUAAUUAUUAUUUGUGAAGUACCUUGAAACACAAAACUGGCUGCUUUAGAAAACUCAUAAAAAAUACAGGUCCUGCAUAAUAAGUUUACAUCAAGCUAUAGAAUUGGAAGGGACCUUUGGGGUUAUCUGGUCUAACCCCCUGUUCAUUACAGGCUCUAACAGGGAUAAUAAAUGCCAGAAGCAAAACUUUUUAAAAAACAAACAGACAAACUCAGUAACAAAAUAUUGCCACCAACCUAAUGGAGAGUUCUCUGGGGGAAUUCUCUACUCUCAGCUUCUCAAGAGGAGAACUGAAAAACACAAUUAAGUUAUGGCUGUCUACUUUGCUCACAGCUAGGGCUUUUCAUACAUGUGUGUGUGCAUCCUGACUUCUCCCUCUCUCUAGUUGCCACACUGUGUGUGUGUUAUGUGCCUUCAAGUCAAUUACGACUUAUUGUGACCCUAUGAAUCAGCGACCACCAAUAGUAUUUGUUAUAAACUACCCUGUUCACAUCUUGUAAGUUCAGGUCUGUGGCUUCCUUUAUGGAAUCAAUCCAUCUCUUGUUUGGUCUUCCUCUUUUUCUACUCCCUUCUGUUUUUCCCAGCAUUAUUGUCUUUUCUAGUGACUUGAACAAAAUUACAUACACUUACUUUGCAUUGAACUUUCUGCAGGCCAAUUCCCAUUCUCUACAAUGAGGCUACAUUGCACAUUCACCCAAGAUCACCCAGCCUGACCCAACUAGGGAUGUGCUGAUGGAUACUUGGAUGUGUAUCCCUAACUGGAUUGGGAAUCAGGCACAUAAAUGGCUGCAGCAUGCAUGAUUUGCCCAUCAGGGUUGUGCAUAUGCAGUUCCAACAGAAACCAGACUUCCAGAUGGGAACAGGGGUCAUAUAUACAGUCCUCCCCUACUGUCUCGUGCCUGAGCAGCUGAUUGGCACUACUCAGGAUCUCUAAAUCAGGGUUAUGCAUGAAUAACGUUUGGUUGGGGCCACUAAGUUCUAGGCCCACAGGAGCAUUCUGGUUGUAGUGCGACAUUUUAUAAAGGUCUUUCAUGAAACAAAAACCUCUGCUGCAUAGAGUGUCUUGUCUUCAAGAUCAAGAUUUGUUUCUGGAUUCAUUAACAGUGAGAAGAUUCUAGGUAUCUCAUAUACACUAUUGCCAUACAGAUCAACCACCUUUUCCUUUUGUUUUGCAACCUUAUCUAGCUCACAGUCUCUGUAACUGUUUGGGGCUCAGAACUUUAGGAAGCAUGCCUCUUAUGGUCCAUGCAAAAGGUCUAAGAAAAGAAAAUAUUUUGCUAGGCAGUACUGCAUUCAUUGCAUUUACCUGCAAGCACCAUGGAGUGUUUUUUAAAUAACCAUAAUCAUAAUAACUGAUUCCUUUUGUGGUCUAUGCUUACAAACCACUAAUGUAUGCUGCAGAGAACAGGCUUUCUCUGACUUUAUUACUGAUGUGAAAAUCUGCAAGCCUUUAAGAAAUAUUUUCAUCUUCUGAUUUUUUUAUAUAUAUAUAUAAUGUUGGUCACUCAGUGAUGAGCAACCAUCAUGUGUUUGUAAGACACUUAGCAUAAGGUUUGCCAAGACUAUGGAAAGAGAGAAAUGACCACACUGGGCUAGGCAGUGCCUUUCUCUAAUUGCCAUUCUGCUGACUACAACUGUCAAUGCACCAAAUUUCAGUGGAGGGGAGAUACGCAACACUCCUAUCAGUGGGCAAAAUGUAGGAUAAGCUGUUGACAUGAAGGAUUAUGGGAAAGGGCUGUAGCUCUGAAAAAGCAUCUGCUUUGCAUGCAGAAGGUCCCAAGUUCAAUCCCCAGCAUCUCCAGGUAUUGCUGGGAAAUACUCCCAUCUGAAACCCAAGAGAGCCACUGCUAGUCAUUGUAGGCAAUACUAAGCUAGAAGGAUCAAGUUAGAUGGUAUAAGGCAGCUUCCUUUAUUCCUACUUGCUCUCACUUAGGAUUUCUAAAAGACAAUGGCUUCCUUCCUCCAGUGUUUUUUGACCUGUUUUUUUACUAUAAGGUGGAUAUUUUAGUGAUCAUUCAAAUCAUAUUCUUUGCUGUUCUUGCUAAGUUUUUCAUCUUAAAUGUAGGGAGGUUUUUUUUUAAUAUGUGAGGUUUAAUAAAGAGAGCCAGUGUGGUGUAGUGGUUAAGGUGUUGGACUAUGACCUGGGAGACCAGGGUUCGAAUCCCCACACAGCCGCAAAGCUCACUGGGUGACCUUGGGCCAGUCACUGCCUCUCAGCCUCAGAGGAAGGCAAUGGUAAAAACCCCUCUGAAUAUCGCUUACCAUGAAAACCCUAUUCAUAGGGUCGCCAUAAGUCGGGAUCAACUUGAAGGCAGUCCUUUUUUAAAAAAUAAAUGAAUGUUCCCAUGGAAGAAAGCAGCCAGAGAAUGCUGUCAUGGAGAACAAAUUUAUUCCGUGAGGCAGCUCAGUGUGUUGGAACAGUUAGGCGUGUGAAUGAGGCACACAUCUUAGAAGAUGGUCCUCUGGGACCUUUUCCACCUUUCAUGGAUCUUACACUCUCAUCUACCUAUUCCAACACUAUAAAGUACACUGGACUUCCACUUGCACUACUAAUUACCAAAAUCAAAUGCCAGUGGGCCAUUAGUGGAAAAGCACCUUGCCGCCCACACCCAGUAAUUUUUUUUACUAGCCCUUAAUGACUAGAAAUGAAUAAACGGGAUAGCAAUUCUUUCUGCUUCUAAUGCCUAUUCAGUGCCUCUUGACUACUUGGCAGGUAAGAUAAAUCUUACUUGCCACUGAGUAUGUGUAGCUACCACAAUGGAAGCUUUAGACCAUAUUUUACUCAAGAGCUUUUCUACUGAAAAUUUGGGAACCUCUGGUUCCAGAAUGAACAGAAACAUUCAAUAUUAUUUAACCUUCUUGGGAAAUAAUAUAGGAAGUAAGUUGGCAUAACAGUGUUAACACAAUUGUAUAAGGCCUUAAUUUCUCUGGGCAUAACCCAGCCAAAUUAUAAGCAUUUGUAAAUACCAUUGGACAGUAGUCAAGGAAGUCCUACUCAGAGUAGACCCAUAUAAAUUAAUGAACCUGUUAUGUCUAUCAGCUUCAACAGGUCUAUUCUGAGUAGGACUAGCAUUGAAUAUCACCCAUGGAUUUAAAUGUGAACAGUGUAAGCAUGCAAUUUUCAUUCACCAUGUAAGUGCGUAAAUUUGGCUGAUUCAUGCCCUCUGCCUCCGUCUGGUUCCAUGAAUGUAUUUCAGUUUCUCUGCUCCAUCAGGAACGAGCAUUUUUAAAAAAGUACUGUAGCAUCUCCUAUGCAGUCUUCCAAAAGGAUAGCUCACUUGAUCUGAAGUCUUCUGAUUUCCUUAUUUUUACUCUCCCAACCUUCGGUUCCAGAACAAAUUCUACCAUAGCAACUUUCUACCUUGUUUUGCUUCACCCCAGCACCACCUAAGGGAUGAAGUCCAUCUUGCUCAGAUGUUUCCUAUUUGCUUAGCACCAGAAAUCUGGGGAUUCAGCUUUCUCAUAUCAGUAGUCUUAUUCUCAUCAUUUAUGGGGAAAAUGUAGGCUGCAAUCCUAUGCUCACUUACCUGGGACUAAGCCCCAAUGAACUCUGUAGGACUUGCUUCUCAGUAGACAUGUAUAGGAUUGCACUGUUAGUAUAUUAUUAUUAAAAAUGUCAGUAAGAGACCCUGCACUGCGAAUGCCUUUGGGAAAUGGCAGUUGCAUCCUCUGAUAGCAAUACGUAAUCAUUAUUAUUUAGAACAAAGAACAAUCCACAAAAGUAGGGGCCAGUAUGCAGCUAUGCAGAGCAAUUUGUUUAGUGAAAAUGUAAUAAGGCCUAAAGGAAAGAAUGUAGAUACAGGGAAGGGUGUAAAAUAGAUGUUCUUCGACCCUUGACUAAGACACACACAAAUAGCUGCCUUUAUUCUUGUUCAUGAAAAAUGACACAGAAUGUUAGCUUUUGCAUUGGGGGGAGAUUCUGAGUGUCCCAUUUCACUGCUCUUGCUGGAAAACAAUGUUCCUCUCCUCCCAGGAUAAUUAAAGCACCUACUCCUUGGUAAUGUAAUGUAAAUGCUAAUGGGUAAAUCCAAAUGUCUGUCAUAAGUUGUAAAUACUGGGAAUCCUGUGUUAAUUUUUAUGUCAGGCUUGCCUCUCACUAGUCCAGAGUCAAUUGUUUCCCAAAAGCUGUGCAUUUCCUCUGUCUUAGAACAGUCUUACAAAACAUUAGCAUAAAGUGUAUUUGUCCAUGCUUGCCCACGUUUGUGAAAACUAGAUAUACUUGGGACAUAUGGGUGAAUUCCCUCAUUUUCCAAUGACAUAUUAGCCUCUGCCUAAUCUAGUUUCAAAACCUUCCACUUGAAGAAAGGUGUUUAUUCAUUAUUUUCCUACAUUGUAUUGCCUUUAUUUCACCAUAGACCCCAAGGCAGUGUCCAUGUGGUUCCAAGGCAGUCACUGAUUCAGGCACUGAGCAGACCCAGACCUGCUUAGCUUCAGCAAGGUGGUGGCCUCCUGUAUAAUAUACAAUGUUAGCAUGGACUUAAAUCCUUUCCUGGGCGAUGAACUUUCAAAUAUAUUUCCACACUGAGUUUGCCUUUCUAACUAGAUUACCUGGGAUAUUCACUGAGCUUUGCCAAUACUGUUGGACUAAUGUGACUCUGAGCUUAUUUUAAGCAACAUAAAAGGUCAAAGCUUUCAAAUGAUUUGGCCAUUUGCCAGGCAAAAGCAAUUAAGUGUGUUUAUAUGGAAGUAAAAUCAGAGCUUGGAAAAGUUACUUCUUUGAACUACAACUCCCAUCAGUCCCAGCCAGCGUGACCACUGGAUUAGGUUGAUGGGAGUUGUAGUUCAAAAAAGUAACUUUUCCAAGCUCUGAACAUGUCAGAAAAAAAAUCUCACCCCCUCUCUGUCUCCCCUCCAGUCAUGUAAUAAUGUAGUGGCAUAUCAAAUACUUUCAUUUUUUUAAAUUGUUUUUCCAUGAAGAAUCAUUACUAAAUAGGCAGAAUAUGGGGUACGUUUUAGGCAAUGGAAUGUUCCAGGUGAUGCCUUCUUAGCAAAAAGCAGCACAUGUUCUAGGAAUUGUUGCUUCUGUAGCAGUUGGAGUGUUCAAAGCUUAAAUGGAAGCCAGCAUUCCAUUCUGGAAUCCUUGGGAAAGUGUUCCAAAGAAUGUGGGAAGUAAAUUAGGCCAAGUCAGAAAGUAAAAGUAUGUGAGAGAGGAACAGAGAUAUAAGAGAAGCCAGACUGUUUCACACUUGGAACUGUAAAUAAUGAUGCAAAGAUGCACCAGGGAAAAAGAGAAGAUACAUUCUCAAAAAAUGUCACUUGCAUCCUAUCUGGUCUAGAUCUGGAGAACACUGUAUGCAAGAGUAGGCUGUGUACUACUGAGCAGAUGACUAGAUCAGGGACAUGUUUUUCACAUGCAAUGAAGUGAUUCUUUUUCCCUUUUAAUCAUAACAUCCAAGCAUAUAAGAAAACAUAAAAGCUCCCAUUUCUUGAUGUACUUGUAUUGAUUGUGUAGGUUCUUGGUCUCUUUAAUAUGGCUAAACGUGUGAUGCAUAGGCAGUUGAAAACAUGCUGUGUUGGGCAGUCUGCAAAUGUGGCACAUGAUAUAGUAUUUGAUUAAUAGUUCUAGUGCACAAAUUCUGCUCUGACAUUUAGCUUUGAAAUCUCCAUACAAACAUCAGUCUUCAGUGGAUAAAUCUCCAGAAGUUUAAGCUCAAAAGCAAAAGCUCAUUUUUCAACAAUUUUUUAAGCCAUCCAAUCCUGUACAUGGCUCUUUUUUCUUCUUCAAAUAGAGUUAUUCUAACAAACCCCAUAAACCUACAGUAUGGUCUAGUGGUAGUCUAAGAGGGCUUUCUUUACAUACAGAAACUCCAACUUGUAGCAAUCCUUAAUUCAACUUUUUUUAGGAAAUCGAUUUUCUUAUUUUAAAAAGUGUCUGCUGUUAAGUUCAAUAA